AUGCACGGUAAAAGAGCAACUGAGUAUGCGCUUCUCGAAGCUGCAUCGGUCAAACUCGAAGCUCACCACUCACAGCGACUAAGAAUGUAUCUUCGACAACUUGCGGUGCCCCGAUCAGAGACCAGCACCUUUCAGUCUCAGGCGCUGGUGUUGUCGGUGUUGACUUUGCCUGGGACUCAACUUGGCUUCGACGAUUAUACCAUUUACGUAGCCAUGUUGCUCUUAGCAGUAUUUUCUGGACUUUCUGUACCUCUCGCAAAUGCAGGCUUGGGAAAAGACAUCUGGACAAUACCAUUCGACAACAUCACAUUUAUUCUCUUGGUCUACUUUGCAGAUGAAUUAAUUUAUUUGACGAUAGUGACGCUCACUAAAGUCUCCAUUCUGUUUUUCUUUCUGCGGAUCUUCCCGAAAAAGUCGUUCCGAAAAAUGGUAUACAUCCUCAUGACGAUAAAUGGCUUGUUCCUUUUCUCCUUCAUCAUCGUAUCGGUAUUCCAAUGCACACCCAUUGACUAUGCGUGGCACAACUGGCACAAGGAGACUCGUGGAGUGUGUAGGAACGUUAACGCACAAGGUUGGGCGGCCGCCAUCAUCAACAUCGUCCUGGACUUGGCGACCAUCCUUCUACCUCUUCGGCAGAUUUCUCAGCUAGUCAUGAACUGGAAGCAAAAGGUUCAGCUGGUAUUGAUGUUUUGCGUUGGUGGAUUUGUGACAAUCGUCAGCGUCAUCAGAUUGGAAUAUCUCAUAAACUUCGCGAAUUCAAAGAAUCCCACCUGGGACCUGGCGGGGUUCGGAGUGUGGUCUACCAUCGAGUUGGAUGUUGGUGUCAUGUGCGCCUGCAUGCCUGCCAUUCAGUCUCUGUGCAAGAGAUGCUUCCCGAAGGUCUUCGGUAUGACAACCCGGGGUAAAUCAACGGGCAAGUCUGGGGUCAGUGACGCGAGUGCGUCUAAUGGGGUAUCCAAAAGGAAGCUAGAAGGCUCAAAGAACUCCGAUAGAAAUUCUUUCAUCCCCUUGGUCGAGAUAGAUUCUGUCAAGGACACUGCAAGUGAGCAAGACGCAAAUAGGAAUGUAUAA